AUGGAGACGGCUACCGAUGCAGACCUUGUCUUCUACCCCGCGUUCUGCUUCAAGGCGUCGCCAACGCAUUUCACCUGGGUGAAGAUGGCAAUAGCUGAUGUGCACAGGCUGAAAAGACCGAAAGGAUUUGAAGGCCAAAAAGUCUUCUUUUACAAGAACCACCCAAUCAGCUACAUCGCCGUGGCAGGUGUAAUCGUAGCCAGGACCGAUGUCCCCCGGCGGACGAUCCUGACUAUAGACGACAGCAGCGGAGCCACGCUAGACAUCGUCGUCUUACAAGCCGACCCAAAAGAGAAGGACUCAAGACAGUCCGCGCAGACGCUCAACUUUGCCAUCUCAGGCAUAGCAUCGGGAUCAAAUCCCGAAAAUAUCUCGGAAGAAAAGCCAGAUAUCCUAGCCAUGAAUCAAACAGUCCACGUCUCAGCGACAGAUCGGUCAAUCAUCGAUAUCUCGCAGCUCCAGCCUGGCGCUAUUGUCAAAGUCAAGGGCACGUUGAGCAUCUUCCGGUCGGAUUUCCAGUUGAAUCUGGAGCGGUUUUCGAUGGUCCCGGAUACGAAUGCCGAGAUGAAAUUCAUUGAUGAAAAACUGCAGUUUUUGGUGGGGGUGCUUUCUGAUCCGUGGGUCCUUCUUGAUGAGGAGGUUGAGCAGUUGCGGAGGGAGGCGGAGCGGGGGCAUGUCGAGAUUGCGGAGGAGAGGAGACGUGCGGAGAGGAGGCUUAAGAGACGGGCUGAACAGGAAGAGAAAGAUCAGCGGCAUAUACAAAGGCGGUAUGAGAAAGAGGAGAAGAAGAGGGCUUCGGCCGCGGGUGUUUGUAAGGAGAAUGGGGCAAGAGUUAUGGCGGAUAUUAAGCGUCGAAGGGGGGCUUCCGGUUCUGGGUCGAGCAGUUGA